AUUUUUUUCAUUAUCAACUGUCAGUUUUCGGAUGGAAAAUUCGUAGAAAAGUUGGGUUUUGUAUCAGAUGCUGACAUGCUGCACCAUGGCAGGUCUACGUGGCUAUGAGUCUAUGACCAAUUCUUGUUUCUUUAUUCUCUGUUUUCACACAAGUUUAUAUAACAUGAGAAGAAGAAAGGGUGAGGCCUGGUGGGUGUGCCAAAUGUGACCAUUUACUGUCUAAAUAUCUUAUUGUAGCCUGGAAGAAGAUAUAGUUUUAUUUAGAUAAAUGGGUUCAAGAAUUUCGUUAUGGAUGCUGAUUGUUUGCACUCAAAUUUUGGUAAUCACAGCUGUGACAGAUGGAAAUGAUGUUGGUGUGCUAAAUGCUAUAAAGUCUAGCUGGCAGAACUUUCCACCUAAUUGGAGGGGUCAGACCCAUGUGGAAGUAAUUGGGACGGAAUUAACUGCACAAAGUCACGUAGUGUUGGCAGGCAUGGGGGUGAAAAGUGACGACAUUGGAGACAUUCCAUCACUUUCCCAGUUGAUAUAUUUAGAUCUUUCCAACAACAAAGGAAUUAAAGCUCCUCUUCCACCAUCAAUUCAGAAUUUGAAGAGCUUGACCACAUUAAUACUGGUUGGUUGCAGUUUUUUUGGUCCAAUUCCUGAUACAAUAGGAUCCCUCGAGCAACUAAUAUUUUUAGGUCUGAAUAAUAACAGCUUCAGUGGAACUAUCCCACCAUCCAUUGGUAAUUUGACCAAACUCUCAUGGUUGGAUCUAAGUGAUAACAAGCUUCAGGGACCCAUUCCUGUGUCUAAUGGAACAGCCCCUGGUCUUGAUAGGUUAAAGAAUGCAAAACACUUCCAUUUAGCAGAUAAUCAGUUAUCUGGUGACAUUCGAUCUGAACUGUUCAGAUCAGAUAUGACCCUAAUACAUGUGAUAUUCAACAAUAAUCGGUUAUCUGGAAAUAUUCCUUCUUCGAUAGGACUUGUGAGUACUCUUCAGGCAGUACGCCUGGACUCAAAUUCCUUGGAUGGGAUAGUGCCUCAAAACAUCACGAAUCUCAAAAGUGUUAGUAAGCUAUACUUGUCGAACAACAAACUGAGUGGACCUGUUCCAAAUCUCACAGGAAUGGUCUCCCUCUUUUAUGUGGACAUGAGCAAUAAUAGUUUUGAUGCAUCAGAUAUUCCUACAUGGUUCUCAGAACUUCCAUCUUUGACAACAUUAUUGAUGGAGAAAACUCAACUUCAAGGAGAAAUCCCAUCAACUCUCUUCCAACCUCAGUUGGAGAAAUUGGUGCUAAGCAACAAUGGUCUUAAUGGAAUACUGGAUGUGGGCAACACCUAUAGCAGUGAUUUGAAUGUUGAUCUGACAAACAAUUCAAUUGCUGACUUCAAUCAGAAAUCCGUAUACAAUAUGACCUUAAAUCUUGGAAGUAAUCCAGUGUGUGAAGGAGGAGCAACAGGAAGAUAUUGUGCAACUGGAAAGACGAAUAUACAAAGCCGUUCACCAUCAAAUAGCUCCUUUCGAAAGGAACAACUUCCAGUCGAAUCAUUGUCUAUUUCCAAUGCAAUUAUUGGUGAAUACCUUCAAUAUACAUUGCAUAUCUUUCCCUCUGGUCAAGAUCCUUUUAAUCUUUCACAAGUCUCUUCAAUAGGGACUGUGAUCAACCGCCAAAAACCAGACCUCAUAAUUCUCCCACGCUUUGGUCCCUUCUUCUUUCUUGAUGAUCAUUAUUUUGAAGGAGACAAGUCAUCGAAUCAUGGUGCUAUCAUUGGGGUAGCAGUUGGUAGUUUUGUGAUCGUAUGCCUGGCUAUAAGUUAUGCUAUCUAUCAGAAAAGACGGGCCACACGAGCGAGACAGAGCAAUCCUUUUGCAUCUUGGGUGAUGGAUAAUGGUAGUGAUGUGGGUGGUGUUCCUGAAUUGAAAGGAGCAAGACUUUGUUCAUUUGAAGAACUCAAAAGAUGCACCGAUAAUUUUUCAGAAGAAAACGUAAUUGGAUCUGGGGGCUAUGGGAAGGUUUAUAGAGGGACUCUUACCACUGGCCAUGAAGUUGCAAUCAAAAGAGCUAAACAAGGGUCAUUGCAGGGUGCUCAAGAAUUUAAAACAGAAAUUGAGCUUCUUUCAAGGAUUCAUCAUAAGAAUGUGGUAGCUCUUGUGGGGUUCUGUUAUGAGCAAGGUGAACAAAUGCUGGUGUAUGAGUACAUUUCAAAUGGUACUCUAAAGGAUAACCUUUCAGGGAAGUCAGGAAUGAGGCUGAAUUGGAUGAAGAGGCUUACAAUAGCUCUUGAUUCUGCCAAAGGUCUGACAUAUUUGCAUGAGCUUGCAAAUCCUCCAAUCAUACACAGAGACAUCAAAUCAAAUAACAUUCUGGUUGAUGAUCAGCUGAUUGCUAAGGUUGCUGAUUUUGGUUUGUCCAAAUUGUUGGGAGAUUCAAAGGAUUAUGUAUCUACUCAAGUGAAGGGGACACUGGGUUACAUGGAUCCUGAAUACUACAUGACCCAACAGUUGACCGAAAAGAGUGAUGUUUACAGUUUUGGAGUUGUACUUUUGGAGCUUUUAACUGCAAGACCACCAAUACACAAGGGUAAAUAUAUUGUGAGGGAGGUUAAUGAGGCGAUUGACAAUUCUCCAAAUGAACUCCACAAGAUUCUUGAUCCAUAUCUUGGUUCAUCCAAAACAGUUGGAGGUUUGACCAAAUUUGUGAAUCUGGCAAUGAGAUGUGUCCAAGAUUUAGGAGUUGAUAGGCCUAAAAUGGGAGAUGUGGUGAGAGAGAUUGAGGCUAUUAUAAAUUUGGCUGUUGUAAACGUUGAUGCUGAAUCACCAUCUACUUUCUCAACCCAAAAUACAGGAAAAGUUGAGGACCUUUAUCAUCCAUAUAGUGAUUCAGUCUCUGAUUCGAGUAGUUUGUAUGUACCAUUUGAAACAGAACUACGCAGGUGAAAACAAGAU